GAGGGCUCACACCGCCCGCCACCGCCUUCCCGUGAGCCUCUGCGCUUGGGGUGGAGGGGUCCCGGCAGCGGCGCAAGAUGGCGGCGGACAGCGAACCCGAGUCGGAAGUGUUUGAGAUCACGGACUUCACCACCGCCUCCGAGUGGGAGAGAUUUAUUUCAAAAAUAGAAGAAGUAUUGAAUGACUGGAAGCUUAUUGGGAUUUCUUCAGGCAAACCUCUCGAAAAGGGUAUAUUCACCACUGGAGCAUGGGAAGAGAAAUCAGAUGAAAUUUCAUUUGCAGACUUCAAAUUCUCAAUUACCCAUCAUUAUCUUGUGCAAGAACCCAGUGACAAAGAUGGAAAAGAAGAAGUGGCAGAAGAUGCCCUUCCUCUGCCUAUGCAGGACUUGCUGUGCAUGAACAAUGACUUUCCUCCUAGAGCUCACUGUCUGGUAAGAUGGUAUGGCUUACGUGAGUUCGUGGUUAUUGCUCCAGCUGCAAAUAACGAUGCUGUUCUUAGUGAAUCCAAGUGUAACCUUUUGCUGAGUUCCCUUUCCAUUGCUUUGGGGAACACUGGCUGCCAGGUUCCACUGUUUGUGCAAAUACAUCAUAAAUGGCGCCGGAUGUAUGUUGGGGAGUGUCAGGGUCCGGGAGUUCGAACUGACUUUGAGAUGGUUCAUCUUCGCAAGGUGCCAAAUCAGUAUACUCAUUUGUCAGGAUUACUAGAUGUCUUCAAAACCAAGAUUGGAUGCCCUUUAACACCACUACCUCCGGUCAGCAUGGCUAUUCGGCUUACCUAUGUACUUCAAGACUGGCAGCAGUAUUUCUGGCCACAGCAGCCACCAGAUAUAGAUGCUCUAGUUGGUGGAGAAGUUGGAGGCCUUGAAUUUGGGAAGCUACCAUUUGGUGCCUGUGAGGAUCCAAUCAGUGAGCUCCAUUUAGCUACCACGUGGCCUCAGCUGACAGAAGGUAUCAUUGUUGACAAUGAUGUUUAUUCUGACCUGGAUCCUGUUCAAGCACCACAGUGGUCUGUGAGAGUCAGAAAAGCAGAUAACCCUCAGUGUCUGUUGGGUGACUUUCUUACUGAAUUCUUCAAGCUUUGUCGUCGGAAGGAGUCAACUGAUGAAAUACUUGGAAGAUCUGCAUUUGAAGAGGAAGGAAAAGAAGUUGCUGAUAUUACCCAGGCUCUGUCAAAGCUCACAGAGCCAGCACCAGUCCCAAUCCAUAAAUUAUCAGUCACAAAUAUGGUUCACAGUGCAAAGAAAAAAAUUCGCAAACACAGAGGUAUGGAUGAAUCACCUUUAAACAAUGACGUUCUCAAUACUAUUCUUCAGUUUUUAUUUCCAGAUGCUGCUGAGAAGCUUGCAGAAGGAUUUGAAACCAGAGCUAGCACUUCAGCAGGAAACAAUCCUCCUCCAGAGAGUGAAGAUUAUAAUCUCUUCAAUCAGUUUAAGUCUGCUCCUUCUGAUAGUCUGACGUACAAACUAGCUUUAUGUCUUUGUAUGAUAAACUUCUACCAUGGAGGAGUAAAAGGAGUGGCACAUCUUUGGCAAGAAUUUGUGUUAGAAAUGCGCUACAGAUGGGAGAACAACUACCUUAUUCCAGGAUUAGCUAAUGGCCCUCCAGAUCUGAGAUGCUGUUUACUGCAUCAGAAACUUCAGAUGUUAAAUUGUUGCAUAGAAAGAAAGAAAGCAAGAGAUGAUGGAAAAAGGGGGAGCGUGUCUGACCGUUCACCUGGUGGUACUUCUCGCGAUGCUGGAAGAGGAGCAGACCACUCUGGAGAUAACCCUGAGAAGGAGAAGGAAGUUGGCAAGUCUUGGGAAUCGUGGAGUGACAGUGAAGAGGAAUUUUUUGAAUGUCUGAGUGAUGCAGAAGAUCUUAAAGGAAAUGGGCAGGAUAAUGGAAAGAAAGGAGGAGCUAAAGAAGGCAACAAAGAGCCUGUCAAUGUAAAACCUGAGGGUCGUCUGCAUCCACAUGGCAAGCUGAUGCUGCUGCACCCAGGAGAGCCUCUCUACAUUCCAAUAACACAGGAGCCAGCACCCAUGACCGAAGAUUUGUUGGAAGAACAGUCUGAGGUACUGGCAAAACUAGGGACAUCAGCAGAAGGUGCUCAUCUUCGGGCACGCAUGCAGAGUGCCUGCUUGCUCUCAGAUAUGGAGUCAUUUAAGGCAGCUAAUCCUGGCUGUUGUCUGGAGGAUUUUGUGAGGUGGUACUCCCCCCGGGAUUACAUCGAAGAGGAAGUGAUUGACGAGAAGGGGAAUAAAGUAAUUAAGGGUGAGCUGAGUGCCCGGAUGAAGAUUCCCAGCAACAUGUGGGUUGAGGCCUGGGAGACAGCAAAACCAGUCCCAGCUCGAAGGCAGAAGAGACUCUUUGAUGACACUAGAGAGGCAGAGAAGGUGCUUCACUACCUUGCAGUUCAGAAACCAGCUGAUCUUGCAAGGCAUCUCUUGCCUUGUAUCAUUCAUGCAGCUGUACUCAAGGUAAAGGAAGAAGAAGCACUAGAAGAUAUAUCUUCUGUUAAGAAGAUUAUUAAGCAGAUAAUAUCCCAUUCCAGUAAAGUUCUGCGAUUCCCUGGUCCGGAGGACAAGAAGCUGGAAGAAAUCAUUGCUCAGAUUAUGAGUGUGGAAGCUAUCAUCGCCAGGGCCAGAUCUCUGAAAGCAAAAUUUGGGGUCGAGAAAUGUGAAAAUGAGGAGGAGAAAGAAGAUCUACAAAGAUUUGUUAACUGUCUCUUGGAGCAGCCAGAAGUAUCAGUUGUUGGUGCAGGAAGAGGACCUGCUGGAAGUAUUAUUCACAAGCUGUUCAUCAAUUCUCAGAGGCUGACUGAAUCUUCUGAUGAGGUCUCUGCAAUGCCUCCACCUGAUGAAGAGCUGAGGCGCUCAGGCUCCCCAGAGGAGCGGAGACUCAACCCAGGGUCCGUUUCAGACUUCCCACCGCCCACGGGCCGUGAGGUGAUUUUGCGCACAACCGUGCCCCGCCCUGCUCCUUACUCCAAGCCCCUGCCCCAGCGCAUGUACAGCGUGCUGACCAAGGAAGACUUCCGACUUGCAGGUGCCUUUUCAGCAGACACAACCUUCUUCUGAUCCACCCAGCUGUGUGAGCUUGUGUCUGCACAAGCAGCAUGCUGUUCAUUUCCUCUGGGGAAGUUCAUCUUACAGACUGUCUGACGCAUGGGGAGGAGACAAUAUGGCCGUCACUAGUGACAGUGUCCUGUUCCCAAGGCCAGAGCUGGACUGGCAGCCCAGGAAGAUGCCUGUAGUAGCUCCAAGGUAGAGGUGUGGAAUGGCUUCACCAGUAGUUUUAAUUGGAGCUCUGGGGAAGGAAGUUAACAUCUCCUCUCUGUCCAAAGGGAACGUACGGGCUUUUGGCAUUAGUUUAAUAAUGGAUAUGAAUGAACUGUAUGCAAAUACAUGCAGAAUGUGCUGCUUUACAGUUCUUAAUCAGACUUUAUCAAGUGACAUUAGUCUGCUUAAAUUGAUGUGUAAUCAUGAAGUAAUUUGUAUUUAUUGCUAAUCAUAACUAUUGAACCCACUGUAUUUUGGUUAAUCACUAAGUUGCAAAUCCUUCUAAAAUAUCCAAACUUCUAUUUGAAGUAUCCAGCACACUCCGGUUCACGUUGACCUCUGCUGGCACUGCAGCAGUUGUCCAAAAGAUCUUGCCUUGGAUGCUUCUCCCAAACAGAAAUCAGUACAAUUGGGGCUGUAACUGGACUGUAAGCCUGAGAGCCUGAAGUGGAUCAGGGGUGGUUUUGGAUACCUUAUCUCCUCCUCUGCACGCAAGGGCAGUGCAAAGCUGUAUGUAAGUGACAUCUACAGAGGUGUUCCACUGUAAGCAACUUGCUGGUACGCAGAGAAGGGUGUGUGAACGCAUCCUGUGGCUUUGAUAGGAUGGAGCACUUCUGUAACAUGCUGUACACCAACCCCAGGGGUUCUCAUGCAAACACCAUAAUGUAUAUGUGCCAAUGUUGCUUUCCAGUGAUCUACCUGUGUUUUAAUGAGAAUCAGCAAAGGAGCAGCGUUACUUUGUAAAAUUAAAUGUAUGAACAGCUACAGUGUUGUCCACAUUACUCAAUAAAUUUGAACUUAGCAGUGGCUCUCAGACUUCUGUAGGUACCAGCAGUGUUUUUGUCAGAAUGCUUUUUCAAUGUCACCUUUGCAUAAC